AUGUCACCGUAUGAAGACUUAUAUGGUCGACCUUGCAGAACACCCUUUUGUUGGACACAAGUAGGGGAGCGGAGUGUUUAUGGUCGAGAUUUCGUGGACGAGACCCUCGAGAAAAUUAAGAUCUUGAAGCUGAAAAUGAAGGAAGCCCAAGAUAGACAGAAAAAUUAUGCGGACAAGCGUCGAAGAGAGUUGGAAUUUCAGGUUAGAGAUAUGGUUUAUCUCAAAACAGUAACUUAUAAGGGUAAGGAUCGGGUAGCGUUGAACACUAAGUUAACACCUCCAUACAUGGGACCGUAUCGAAUCCUGGAAAGGAUUAGUCUGAUGGCUUAUAAGUUGGAAUUACCUCCGGCUAUGUCAGCUUUUCAUCCGGUGUUUCAUGUGUUGAUGCUAAGGAAAUGCAUCACGGAACGGGAGAAUGUAAUCUCCAAACCCCCACCCGACCUCCAAGUGAAUAUGACCAUCAUCGGUCGGCCAGUUCGGAUAACUGGUACGAAGAUGAGAGGUCCGCAUAAGAACAAGAAGAAAAAGUUGGUUCAAGUCGUAUGGGAUUGUGAAGGAAUAGAGGAAACAACUUGGGAACCAGAAGAAGUUAUGAAGGUGAACUUCAAGAAGUGGUUCGACAAGAGAGAAGUCCCUCGUAAGUAUCAAGGAAUACCGGUAGCCAGAGCCGAUAGUUGCCGAUACUUGGUAUCGAGGAUUGCCGAUACUUGGUAUCGAGGAUUGCCGAUAGUCGCUGAUACUUGGUAUCGAGGAUUGCCAAUACUUGGUAUCGAGUAUUGCCGAUACUUAGUAUCAAGGAUUGCCGAUAGUUGUUGA